GUAAAUUUGAUGCCCAUCUUAUUUCUCAAGCUAUGAGGCGAGUAAGUAAAGAAAAGAUAAGCGCUAUUCCCCAUAAUAUGGAAAACUAUCUAAGUCUCGAUAUUGGAAAUCAAAGAUAUAUAGAUUCAUUACAACUUAUGCCUGGAUCUCUUGAUUCUCAUAUAUCUAAUUUAGGAGCUGAACCAUGUAAAGAAGAAGUAGAUAAAGAUGGAAAUUCUUUAAACUUACUAUGUAAAAAGUCUAGUCAUCUUUAUCGAAUUGACUCUAAUAGAUGCUUUGCCCAUCUAGAGAGGUUUCCAAUAGCUAGAGAACAUAAACCAAAAGGAAGAGAUGAUCUA